UAAAUCAUUUGCCCAAAAUUGAGAUGGAACACCAAGCUAGCAUUGUUAACUCAAGCCAAGCAUUUAGUUGUCACCAUAAUGUCCGAGAAAAUGGCACGGAGUUCGACGUUUAUAACUUGGACAAUUUCACCAACAUCAUGUGUGCUAGGUGCUAUUGGUACAUGGCCGACCUUAAAACAGCUUGGAAAAACGAUACGAUGGUCAACACGGCCAUGAAUUUGUCGUUUUAUCCUGAUGUUAUGAUUCACUUUUUGUUUGGCGAGGGCCACGAUAGGCGCCGGAUUAAUUUAGGAUUUAAUUAUAGUGACCUGGAUAUUGAUAAUUGGCAUGAUGACCUAUUCCUUCAACAAUUUGUCAGUGAAUUUUUCAAGGACACAUUCCUCAGCUGUUGCUCAGACGCCCAAAAGUGUUGCCAAAAGCAGAUACAGGCGUCGACCGACCGGUCAAACACAGGCCCCCGAUGUCCGGCUAAAUGGGACGGAUGGAUGUGUUGGGACUCAGCGCCUGCCGAUAGUGUUCAGUACCAAAAGUGCCCGCCUAUGUCUCAAACAUCCCUUGGCUACCACCCCACAGAUUGUGCCAAUGAAUACGCUAACAAGAUUUGCCUACCUAAUGGCACCUGGACCACAAAAUGGCUACCAUUUGAUGAUGAUCACCCAGAGUAUGGUACCUACAUGGACGAUGAUACCGAUUAUAACUACUGUUAUAUCCCUGAGGCUUCUGAAAAAUUGAGACAGGUCCAAACAUCGAUAGGAAUUUUCAUAUUUUCCCUGGAU